GCCAUGUUCAAGUCCUCCCUCUGCUGCAUGAGCGCAUGGCUUGGCCUCGCGCUUGCCUCGCGCCCGUCGGUCGUGCUCUACGAACUGCCUCAGUACCUCGGCCAAUCCCUCACGGUCGGCUCGUCCGAUGACGCGGCUGCUACGCUCGCCCAGUGGAAGCGCCCGAUCUUCUCGAUCGUCGUCGACCCCGCGACCGAGUUUGUGACAUACGAUGACGCCGGCAACUCGGCGGUGUGGCACCACUCGACGUCGCUGCUCGGCAACUGGCCCUACAAAAUCUCGUCCUUCCGCGUCCAACCCGCGACCACCAACACGACCACCAACACGUCGUCGAUCCAAGCGCCGUGGAGCUACAUUGGCUCGGGCGAAGGCUACCUCAUGGUCCGCAACUCGAGCUCGACCGUCGGACAACCGGAGUGCUACUCGAACGACGGCGUCAACUGCGUCACGGCCACCAGCGUCGCCGACCUCCUCCGCGUGCCCACCAAGCUCGACGUGGCCUUGCACCCUGCGCAGUGCGGCGCCGACCACUCCAUGUACUGGGGCUCGACCGGGUACGAGUCGGCGUCCUCAUGGUGCUACUUCGCGCGGGCGGCCCUCUCCUCCGCGCCGCUGCAUUGGGACUGCGUCCAAGGGUCCAACGGCUGGGUCGCGCUCACACCCAACAACUCGCUGUGUGUUUCUACGGGCACCCGCGGUUGCGUUCAGUUUGCGUCGCAAGCGACUUGCAACGCUUCGACGACGAUGCUCGUGGGGCCCAUCACCGCCGCUUGGACCUUCUCUUGUGGCAAUCUCUCGGCGUGUGUCGGGUCGUCCUCUUCCACCGGGUCGGGCACCGGGUACCCGUACUGGAACGCCAGUGUCGGCAGCACGUCGUGGAGCGUCGCAUGCCUCGGCGCGGCCCUGGCGCUCUGCGGCGUCUUUGCGAUCUUUAGUCGCUCGACGACGCCAGCCGCCGUGAACGUUGAAGCCACGUAUUGCUCGAGCGUUGGCGAAGCCGAGACCGACGACGAUCUCGAGUCCGUGUACCGCACGCCAGUCUAA